ACACGGUCACUACCGUCCAUCCAGAACGUCAUCAUCAUCAUUUUGAGUCUUCGACCCUUACACAGUCUGCGUCGCACGGGAAACACCCUGCCAUGAGGGGAGGAAAAGGGAACGGCCAGAGGAGACCGGCGUUUUCGGGAAGUCUGACCAAGGGUGCCGCCUCCAAGAGCAGCAAUGGCGACUCACCUACUGCGAAUUCUUCAUCAGCAACAGCCCAGGCCAAGUUGAGCGCGCAAGCCCAGGAAUUUGUGCCCGGGCAACCCUCGGAAUCCUCUCAAAAGUCAACUCAACCCUCCAAACAAGCCAAAAGCGUCCCUGUCAGACCCAAAAAGCAACAACGGCCCAAGGUCAUAAAACCCAAGUAUGGCGGCACGGAGCGCGGCACCACCAUCCUAGAGGACAUUGUCGCUGGACGCUUGUCAUGCAGUAUCUGCACCGAGAACGUGACGAGACGGAACCCCGUCUUUAGCUGUCCCAAGUGCUACAAUGUACUCCAUUGGAAGUGUGUCAAGGAAUGGGUGCAGUACCAGGACGACGCCGAGAAGAAGUUCCAAAAGGGGAUCGAGCCAUGGCGAGGACCUUGCUGCAAUUCGGAAAUCCUGGGGUUCCCCAAGGGUCCCACCUGUUGGUGCGCAAAGGAACCCUUCAAGGGUCCAUCGCCUGCGACACUUCCGCCACACUCGUGCGGUGAGAUGUGUCAAAAGGAAUUGCCAAACUGCGACCACCGGUGCAUCGAGCAGUGCCACGCGGGAGCCUGUCCGCCAUGUCCCAUUGUCAAUGAGAUCUCCCUAUGUCACUGUGGCGCUCAAGAGGAGCGCAAGUCGUGUCGCCAGACGGACCGCAACGGCAAGUGGUCUUGUGGCGAGCCAUGCGGGACGCUGCUCCAGUGCGGCACACAUAGUUGCGAGAAACCCUGCCAUCCAGGACCAUGCGAGCCUUGUCGCCUCGAGUUCGACUCCAUCUGUUUCUGCGGCGAGUUCAACAAACGAUUACGGUGUGACGAGCGCGAGGAAAUACAGGAGUGCCACAACUCAGAGCUCGGUGAUACAUGGGAGGGCUCUUAUAGUUGCGGGAACAAGUGUGAUCGGCUGCUCGAUUGCGGCGUCCAUCGAUGUCUCCAGACGUGCCACGUGCACGAUGAGAAGUCGGCGGCCGGCCACUGCCCUUGGUCUCCCGAGCUUGUGGUGAGCUGCGCCUGCGGCCGAACUUCACUCGAAGCACUCGAGGCCCCAGAGCGCCAGUCGUGCCAGGAUCCACUGGCUACAUGCGAGGAAACCUGUGGCAAGGCCCUGGUCUGCGGACAUCGCUGCCAAAGCAAGUGUCACAAAGGCGAAUGCCCAGUCUGCCCCCAACCCGUGCAGUUGCGGUGCCGCUGCGGACGUGUCUCGGAGGAAGCCACCUGCUACGGCGGCCAUCUCGGGCAACCCAUGUGCUUCAGCAUGUGUCGCGACAAGCUCAACUGCGGACGCCAUCAGUGCCGCGAGCACUGCUGCCCCGUGGAGAAGAGCGGCCCUCGCCGACAACAGCGUGAGGAGCCCAUCGAGCAUAUCUGCACUCGUGUGUGCGACAGGCCACUCAAGUGCGGCAGACACUCCUGUCCCGAGCUCUGCCAUCGCGGACCUUGCCCGCCCUGCCGCGAUGGUAUCUUUGAAGACCUCACCUGCCAUUGCGGUAGCACCGUUCUUCGCGCCCCAUUGCGCUGCGGCACGCAGCCUCCGGUCUGCACGGAGCCCUGCCAGCGAGAGCCCUCCUGUGGUCACCCUCCUGUGCCGCAUCCUUGCCAUGGCGACGACGUAGACUGUCCAAAGUGUCCUACGCCAGUGGAGAAGCGAUGCGCAUGUGGAAGACAGACCCGUAGCCACGUUCCGUGCCAUAUCAAAGAGGUCUAUUGCGGCACACCUUGUGGCAAGGAGCUUCCCUGUGGGCACAAGUGCACCAAGGCCUGCCAUAGAGAAGGCGAGUGCGAGGGAUCUACGAGACCGGGCAACUGUUGCAACUCGAUUUGUGGCAAGCCGCGCAGCAUCUGUGGUCAUCCCGACCAGAGCCUCUGUCAUGGCAAGACCCCUUGCAGCGAGUCUCUGCCUUGUCCGGCCAAGGUCACCAUCACGUGCGAGUGUGGCCACCGGAAGAGCGAGGUCAAAUGCCUCGCUUGCGACUCCAACCUCGACCCGGCGCACAAGACGAUCCAGUGUGAUGACGAGUGUGCACGCCUGGCACGCAACGCUCGUCUUGCCGACGCCCUCAAAAUCAAUCCCGAAACCGAGCUCACCGACCAUGUUCCCUACUCAGAUGACACCAUCACUGCUUUCCAGGAGCUCAAGAAUUGGGCUGAGAAGAUGGAGCGUGAGAUCCGUGUCUUUGCCGCCACACCCGGCGAGCACAGAAUCGCAUUCGAUCCCAUGGAUAACCGCAAAAGGCAGUUUAUUCAUCUCCUCUGCAAGGAUCACCGCUUGACUACAUUUAGUCAAGAUGCCGGUGUCCAUCGUCACGUCACCGUGGAGAAACCACUGAACUACCCCGGCGGCCUGCAGAAGACUCUCGGCCAGUGUGUCAAGAUCCGCGCAAAGCAAGCGGCCGAGAAGAAGGCCGAGGAGGCCGCUGCCCAGGCCCUCGCCCAAGCCCCUUUCAACGCCCUUUUGCUCACAGCAGUCGGGUUCGGGCUGACCGUAGAAGACAUCAAGGAGGGCAUCGAGUCUCUGAUCGUGGCACAGGGCUUCGUUCUCCAGAGCGUCAAGUUCCUGCCCACGGAGGAAGUGCUGCUCCGCAUCACGGCGUCGUACUCUGCCUCUCUCGGCCCCAAUGGACUGGAGAGCGGUCUGCUUUCUCUCCGCGAUGCCAUUGUGCCUACCGUUAAGGACCGCAACCUCGCUGGCAAUGUGGUCCUCGUCGCUGCGGACUGGAAUGACCACUUGACCCGUCGCGAGCGGGUCAAAAUGGAUCCUCAGGGAUGGAGUGCCAUUGCUCGCAAGGUCAAGGAGCCGCAGACGCCUGACGAGCCAGCGGCCGCCAAGGGCAAAAAGGUCCUCAUGGCGAAGAAGAAGCAGCCCGAGACCAAGGGGACCUCUGCUUGGGGAGUCCUUCAGCCGGAUUCUGAGGCUUGAUUGCGUGACCAUGGAGAAGUGCAGUUGUUGGGGACGUGAUUCAGUUAGUUGGUAGCAGCAUAGACCGGAGUUCUAAGGAAUUGUAAUACAAGCGUCACCCAAGCGUCCCCUACGGGUGUCUACAGUUGCAAAUGGUCGUUUUCAUAAGGUGUUACAAAGCCUAGAGGUUUCCAAUUGGCGACAUCUUGAAUUAUAGCGUGCAAUACAACACGCGCUGCGCAGGAGAGUUGGAGCUGACGGUCUAAGUU